AUGGGUCGAGGGAAGAUUGAGAUAAAGAAGAUCGAGAAUGCCAAUAGCAGGCAAGUCACAUUCUCCAAGAGACGUACUGGGUUGUUGAAGAAGGCUCAUGAACUUGCGGUUCUAUGCGAUGCCGAAGUUGCAGUUAUUAUUUUUUCCAACACAGGACGGCUUUUUGACUUCUCCAGUACCGACAUGAAGCGCAUGCUUUUGAGGUAUAACAAGUCUCUAGAUUCUUCAGAGACUUCCAUAGAGGAACACAAGAUACAGUUGCUUGUCCAAAUUCCAUUUUUAUCACUUAUGUAUGGGGCUGUUGUAGCCAACCCAAAUGGAUGGGACAAGGAGGAGUCUAAGGAGGUGGACAUUCUGAAAGAGGAAAUCAUGGAGCUCAAAUCAAAACAAUUGCAGUUGUUGGGUAAGGACUUUAGUGGUGUGGGCUUGAAAGAGUUGCAGCACCUAGAACACCAAUUAAAUGAAGGGUUAUUAUCCGUCAAGCAGAGGAAGGUUGAGGAGCUUCGAGGUUUCUUUUUAUCUAGUGAACCCUCAGUGCCAGCUUACCUUGAAUACCAUCCUGUAGAAAGGAUUAAUUCUCUCCCAAAAUGUAGUGCUGUGAGUCCAGAUACAGUUUGCGAUUAUGGAGCUGAUGAUGGAGAUUCAGAUACCACCUUGCAACUGGGGCUUCCAUCUGAUGUGUAUCGAAAGAGGAAGGCACCUGAGAGAGAAACUCGUUCCAGAAACUCCAAGAGUCGGCUAGGCCUAGCAUGA